AUGUUACAAAUCAGAGAAAAGGUGGAAAAUAAUAUGCUUUGGAAAAUUAAUGCCGAUACUUGUAGUCUGUGGUGGGAUAAUUUGUCAGAUAAAGGUGCUUUGGCCAAUUUUUUCCCUGAUCAUCACCAUAACAGGCAUACUACUGUCAGUGAGUAUAUGAUCAAUGGUGGCUGGGACUUAAACAAACUAGCCAUUGACUUUGAGGACAGAAUGACCAACAUAAUUGAUAACAUCGUCAUUGGAGACCUUUCACUGGAAGAUUUCAUUCUAUGGAAACCUUCCAAUGAUGGACUCUACACUAAUUUGUCUUCUUUUCAGGUAAAUAGAGACAAGAAACAAGAAGAUGUGAGUUUAGGCAGCUUAUGGCAUAACUGUAUUCCCUUCAAGGUUUCUUUUCUAGCAUGGAGAGCGUGUUUGUCCAAGCUGCCUUUCAAUGAGAACCUUUCCAGAUUUGCCAUUAAUGAAGAUACCGACUGUAGCUACUGCAGCAUAGCCACGAGAGAUAGCCUCCAGCACACUUUCAUAGAAGGAGAAGCAGCUAAGCAUCUUUGGAAUCAUUUUGGCUCCCCUCUGGUUAUCAGGCACACCAAUUGGCCCAUAAGAAGACUUCUGAAACACUGGAGAGCUACUACAACUACCAAUAGUGUCCACAAGUUGAUUGUUAACAUUGUCCCUUUGGCUAUCUGUUGGGAAAUCUGGAGAAUGUGGACUGCCUGUAGAUACGGGGAUCAAAACAAAUUUUAUAUCAGAAAAAUGGAAUACCAUAUUAGCUGGACUAUAAACGCGGCCAUAACCAAAGCUUUCCCAACUUGUUGCUUCAGCUGGCCGUGGCCCAAUUUAUGCAGAGAUGUCGAGUUGUGGAGACCCAAAACAGUGCAUUCGCAUGUGGUUGCUGCUUUCUCCAAGUCUAUACAGUGCAGUUCCCACAAUAUCGCUGAAGCCAUGGCAGCCCGCGAAGGAAUUCAUCAGUGCUUACAUCUUGGAUUUCGUAAAUUCCAAAUUGAACUAGACUCGCAGAUCAUAGUUAACAUGCUUAAAGCUAGGGAUACCAACAAUCUCAGACUAAAAGGGAUCAUCCUAAGUUCCGUUAAAGCCAUGAAUCAGGCGAAUGUUGAUGUCACCUAUUGCUACAGGGAAGCGAAUCAUGUUGCUGAUUUGCUUGCCAAAAAUGCAGCAGGCAGUGGCAACUCCUUUCAAUACUGUCUUAUGCCCAACUUCCUGGAAACAUUAAAGGCCCAUUUUACAUGGAUAAUUGGCAGCUACCAAGCUUGA